GGUAGUUCCUUUGAAAGGGCACAGCCGACUUCCUUCCCCAUCCUUCCCUAAUCCGAUGAGACCAAUGACCUCGCUGUCUGGUCUCCUCCCCCACAACAACCCAAUCCCACCUGUCAGAGACAUUUUAAGUUACCUUAUUAUGUUAAAUAGAAUGUCUUUUGUCUAAGCCAGUUUCAUGUGGUGGUUCUGAAUGAACUAAGUGUCACACUGUUUGCCUGUGCUAAUGACAUGUUAAGUAAUUAUAAACUUAUGUAUUUGUGACUGUCUUGGGUUUUCUAUAGUCUGGCAGCUGGACUGUAAAUCUACUGUUUUGGUUUUGAACAGCAGUAGUCAGGAGGAAAUGAGCAAGAAUUUGGUGCAGUAUAUAAUAAUGCGGGGGGACCUAGCAAAGUCUUCCAAAUGGAAUGCUGGAGCACUUGUUGCACAAGCGUGUCAUGGUGUCUCAGCCGUUUUGCAUUUGUAUUACAAUGAUGAGAAUGUGCAGGAGUAUCUGUGUGAUGUUGACAGAAUGCAUAAAGUUGUCUUGGAGAUUAGUGACCUCAACAGCCUUAUGGAGCUUGAGACAAAACUGAACAACAAAGGGAUUCAUCACAAGACAUGGAUAGAACAGCCAGAAAAUGAAGCUACUUGUCUUGUUGUCAAGCCAUACCCAAAAGAGGACGUAGCAGAAUUUUUUAAGGAUUUGAAACUGUUUAAUAAAAAGUUAUUAACAUGGACAACCAUCAGCUGUAUAAUGGAAUGAUGACAAUGAAAAUUUGUGCCAUACCAAGACUUGAACAUGGAUUUCCCGCUUAUUGCAAGUGAUCGUCAUACCAUUUGGCCAUCUGCGUACGACUCACAGCCAGACCCAAACUUCCAUAUGUUGUCAGCCGGAGACAUUUUACUUUAAAGGUGGGUAAAUAUGAUAUUGCAGUGCCUGUAAUAUUCGAAAGCAUGAUGCAAUCUUCCUUUGAGUCCCAGUCCGGCCAAAUUCUUAGAAGCAAUAUUCCGUUAUAUAGCUGAUGGUUGUCAGAACUCGCAACUGCAAUUACAUUUCCUAUAUUUCAUAAUGGAUGUAGUUGCCGCAGUGCCUGUUCCUUCGGAAUUCAUGCAUGAUGAACAUUGCAUCGUAAUCUGGAAUGACACAGGCACUGCAGUAUUGUAUCACCUACCUUUUGUUUUCAAGAUAAGAUUGAAGAGUUGCCAGAACAAUAUGUCCAGUACCAUAAUCCUUUAGCUUACUAUACAGUACUUGUAUGAUUUACAGUCAAAUGCUUUGCUGAGGCUGAGCUCAUAGUGUGUCACUGUCCCUCUUUCUCUGUCUUCAAACCCCUGCCUCAUCUUUGUAAUUAAGUCCAGUGCUACUGUAACCGUCAACUUUCCUCUGCAAAAACUGUUCUGCAUGUCCCGGAAGAGUUGACUGUCUUCAAAGUAGCCUAUUACCUGCUAUUUCAUUACAGACUCUAUAACCUUAGCUAAAACAGGAAUUAUGAAACUGGGCCAAAAACUGGACACUUCACAUGGUCACCUAUUUAGAGACACUGUAACAAUUUCUUAUUCUGAUGACUUCCAUUAUUGCAAAUGUGGUUUCAUCUACUAUUGAAUUACAAAGAAAAUUAGUUGAAACUCAGACGUUAUUUCUUCACAUACAUCUACUCUCUCACAUACAAACACUUCAGACUAUGCAUUUGUUACUAAUACUGUAUACAACAAUUCAGCUCUGUAAAAAGAUUGUCUCUUGUUUUGACUGACCAAAGUCACUUGCAUACUGCUAAUUGUUUGUUGAGCUUGUUAUUAAGCAUUGUUGGUGUCAGCGAUGUUAAAUGGUGGCAUGAAAUUUGGAUUUAAUGUUAAAAAAUUAACAUUCAGAAAAUGAAACAUAGAAAUUAUGUUAAUCAGUCAUUGACUAUUACCUAAUCACACCUAAUUAAUUAUUUGAGCAGUGAACAAGUAAUUACUGAGUGAGUGACAUAGUAAUGGCUAUUCAAGUAGUAAAUGUCAUAAUGGUAUGUGAGAGUAAUUGAACACUAACUACACAAAUAUGUCGUGUAGAAACAUUCACCAUGUGCUUAGAUACCACCAUAAGAGAUGCAAGAAAGAUAUGUUACUAUAGUGAAGCAAAAUUCUAAAUCACCAGACAAAAAUAAACUUAACUGCAAUAAGACAACAAUCAAUUUUGUAUCCAAAAAUAAGUGACUGCACAGAGACAAAAAAUUAUGGUACAUGUUGUAUCAUAGCUUGACCCACAGUGUAAGAAGAAUAACAGAAGCAUGUCCGUAAAACAAGAUAAGUUACGUAAAAAUAAUAAAAAGUAUACACAAACCCUGUAUAUUACAAGUGAAGUAGCACAAGAGAGCAAAUAAACAGUAUAUUGG